UCGCCAUUUAUUUCCAAUAUUUUUCGCUCUCAUUUUGUUCUCGUCAACGAAACUCAAGGGAAAAACUUCCGGCAAUAAAUCCCACAAAUUCACCGUUCAGUAAUAAUCGAGUAGUUCUGAAAUAAUUCGCCAAGUCAAUUAAUCACCAGUUGCGAUUAAAAUUCGUUAUCAAAAUGCGGGAGAUAGUACACAUUCAGGCAGGCCAAUGCGGAAAUCAGAUCGGCGCGAAGUUUUGGGAGGUGAUAUCUGACGAGCACGGUGUAGAUCCCACUGGCAAGUACCAGGGUGACUCAGCUGUGCAAGUUGAGAGGAUAAACGUGUACUACAACGAGGCGUACGAGGGAAAAUAUGUACCUAGGGCUGUUCUCGUUGACCUGGAGCCAGGUACCAUGGAUUCAGUGCGAUCAGGACCAUACGGCGAGCUAUUUCGACCCGAUAAUUUUGUAUUUGGACAAUCCGGUGCUGGUAACAACUGGGCCAAGGGCCACUACACCGAGGGUGCUGAGCUCACCGAUGCUGUUCUCGAAGUUGUCAGGAGAGAGGCCGAGAACUGCGAUCGUCUCCAGGGAUUUCAGCUGACCCACUCCCUCGGUGGUGGCACUGGCUCGGGUAUGGGUACACUAUUGGUAUCAAAAAUUCGGGAGGAGUAUCCUGACAGGCUCAUGUCAACGUUCUCAGUGGUGCCAUCGCCGAAGGUCUCGGACACGGUUGUCGAGCCCUACAAUGCCACCCUGUCCUGUUAUCAACUCAUUGAGAAUACGGAUCAGACUUAUUGCAUUGAUAAUGAGGCACUUUAUGACAUUUGCUUUCGCACUCUCAAGCUGCCCACCCCAUCAUAUGGGGAUCUCAAUCAUUUGAUAUCCCUGACGAUGUCGGGGGUGACCACUUGCCUCAGGUUCCCUGGACAGCUCAAUGCUGACCUCAGGAAAUUGGCUGUCAAUAUGGUACCCUUUCCUCGUCUUCAUUUUUUUAUCACUGGCUUUGCUCCGCUGACAUCACGCGGCUGUCAGCAGUACAGAACCCUUUCAGUUCCUGAAUUAACCCAGCAGAUGUUCGACUCCAGGAACAUGAUGGCUGCAUGCAAUCCUAAGCACGGAAGAUACAUGACUGUUGCCGCUAUUUUCCGGGGGAGGAUGUCCGUCAAGGAAAUCGACGAGCAGAUGCUCAAUACUCAAAAAAAAAAUUAUCCAUAUUUUAGUGAGUGGAUUCCUAAUAAUGUCAAAACAGCUUCUUGUGAUAUACCACCGAGGGGGUUGAAAAUGGCGGCGACCUUCAUCGGAAACUCUACGGCUAUUCAGGAACUCUUUAGGCGGAUUUAUGAUCAGUUCACUGCGAUGUUCAGGAGAAAAGCUUUUCUUCAUUGGUAUACCGGGGAGGGAAUGGAUGAGAUGGAGUUCACUGAGGCCGAGUCCAACAUGGGGGACCUUAUCGCUGAGUAUCAGCAGUACCAGGAGGUCACAGCUGUUGAUGACUACGUCGAUGACGAUUGAGGCCCUCAUUCUGAUUUUUCAACCUUUUCACCCAUUUUUAUUCUGGAUUUUUUUGUAGAAUCCCCGGAUUUUCGGAAUACA